CCUUAGCGGCGGUGGCGGCAAGCGGCGCCCAGAGCGGCGCGGGAUGACGGCGACGAUGGCGGCGGAGCGGCUCCGCGACGGCACCUGCCACUUCCAGCGCUCCAGGCUGCUCUGGAUGAUCGGCAUCAUCUUCGGCAUGAUUCUCCUCGGCUGGGUGACACUUUUCCCUGCAACUAUACCUUAUAGUUAUUUGGGAAUAUUUGGUACCUUUCUUAAUUAUUUAGUGGAGAACUACCACACGUGGGUAUGCUACGGGUUCUGGGUAUCCUGGUUGAUUCACAUAGUAGAAGCCCUCUACAGUGUUAAGUUAUGCCAGUCUAAAGGCAUCACUGACCCAGCAGUUCAGUUCCAGUGGUUCCUUCAGACGCUUUUAUUUGGGUAUGCUUCCUUUGGUCUUCUGGUGUCUUACAAACCGCCAGCUAAGAAGUACUACUAGAAGACUGAAAUAAGGCUUUUACAUUCUUCAUGCUCAUUUUUCAGAGAAUAAUCUAACCUACAUGUCUAGGAGCUGUAAUUAACUAAAGUUACAUUCCUGCUACAUGAUGCAGUGCCCUCUCAUCAAAGCAACUCUCUUCUUACUAAAUGAGAGACUUAAUAGCUACAAUUCACUGGGCCCUGUAGAUAGUUCAGUAGAAAUUGAGCCCUUCAAUGUGGGGCUGCCAAGUUGAAUCUCAUUUAUUAUGCAACAGCCCUAAAGUUGUUUAUUUGCUGUGUUUGACAUAGCUCAUCUUCUCCAAUAUUUACUGAAGAGGAAAAUCCCUGAUAGCAGGUCGUAAUGGUUACUAAGUUAUUCUUUCAUGUGGAGGAUUUUAUUUCCUAACAGGAACAGUUAUUUACAGCCACAAGGCUGUUUUGUGAUAGGAUUUAAGUUUUCUCUACAGGACCUUUUAAUAGCCUUU